UAAUCUGAUAUUUAGUGCGAUUUACUUGUGCUACCAUCGUAUAUCUUUAAAGACUUUAUUAAGUGCUGAGGUACACACUUAAGGUAUAUGGAGAUAAAUUCGGAAUUUGUUCAUACUGGGGAUAGUGCUUCCCUGUACAAUUACACGCUCUCCCCGGGAUGGACAAGAGAGGAAGUAGAAAUUUUACGUUUUGCUCUUAUGAAAUAUGGCGUGGGAAAAUGGACAGAAAUCUGUGAAAGCGGCUGUUUACCAGGUAAGACACCUUCACAGUGUUCCAUGCAAACACAACGUCUUCUGGGUCAACAGUCUAUAGCCGAAUUUAUGGGCUUGCAUCUUGAUCCGGACGUUAUUCGAAAGGAAAAUAACUCCAAGAUUGGUGUACUUCGAAAGAAUGGCUGCAUAAUUAAUUCGGGGAAUAAAUUAAGACCAGAUGAAGUUAAAGCGUUGAAAAAAAAAAACAAGGAAGUUUACGGAAUUCCUGUGGAGGUUUAUUCUAACAUUUCCUUGCCCCUUUACCGAACCGAAAGUAAAGAUGGCGAGGUAGACGGCGUGACAAGUGCGGGUGACGAUCAUUCUAGCUGUACUCCUUUUACUUCCGAUGAUGACUCUGAGAGAGAAGAGAAAAAUUUGCAGGAGUUGCUUGCUGCAAAAUGUAACGGAUGCAGUAAAGAUCAACUGGACGUUAGUGAAAGGGAGCUGACACGAAAAAUAGAACAGCAAACCGAAGAACUUUCCGUACUACGAAGCAAGAGGAGAGAGUUACUACAAGCAAUCGGGGAUAUGGAGGAAAAACUUAAACAAUUUAAAAACAAUAGCAAAGAGGAAGCAGCAGUAGCGCGCUUAUCACAAAAAGGAAACUCUAAGUGCACUGUCAAAGAAACAAUUCAGCUAUCCUACUUGCCAGAACAUAAUAGCUUGCAAGUUGGCGAAAGAGCUUUAAAAAAGAAAACAAAGGAAAGGUUUUGCAAAGAAAGCAAAGGAAAGGGUAUCUUUAAUGACGACAACGCAUACGAUGCAGACGACGUGAGCAAAUACCCGUGCGUCUGCCACGAGGCAAUCAAACCCAACGACUACUGGCUAGCUUGUGACGGCUGCGACACUUGGUACCACGGCUCUUGUGUGGGUAUUCAGGAGCAGGAGGCUGCCUCCUUGGAGUGGCUCUGCUCGAAUUGCCAUUUUUAGUCUUUUAUCACAAAAAAAUCUCGGCGACACACAGCAGGGAAAAAAAGGAGGUUAAUGUUUUGGGUAGCCCCCCCCCUCCCCUCGGGAAUACUUAAUUUUUUAUCUUUUAUUACACCCGAAGAGUACGUAUAAUUACAUAUUAAAUUUCACA